GGGUUGUGGCAGUGGAGUGUGUGCGUUCAUGUGUGUCUAUCUAAGUGUAUAUGUGAGUGUGUGUAUGUGUGCAUGAUGGUGUGUUCGUGUAAGGCUUGCAAGGGCUUGUGAAAAUCUCUUCCUUGUCUUUCCUUGACUGCAUUUCUUGCGCUCACUCCCUCCAUUUGCUUCUCCGUGUCUCCGUCUCACUGUUUGACAUUUAAGGGUCAAUCAGGGUUCUAUAUGACUAAGAACUUUGACAAGGAGAAGAUUUCAUAUCCUGAGGCACACUGUCAGAGUUUUAUCCAUUUCCUCUAUCAAAACUAUCACGGCUGCACGAUGGAGAGUUUUGGGGAGGCACUGCAGAAACUGAAGGAAGUCUAUAAGCAGGAGGUAAAAGGAUGGCAGGAAAAAAUGCUUGGAUUGACAAAUCAAAAGAACACUGAUGCAAAACGAAUUGAGGAGCUCCUCGGUAGGAACCAGCAGCUACGAGACCAGCAGCGCUCUUUGACUGAAAACAUCAAACAACUUGAGAAUAGGUUGCGGGCAGGGCUGUGUGACCGUUGUAUUGUGACGCAGGAUGUGGCCAACAGAAGGCAGCAGGAAUAUGAGAAGUCUCAGCUCCAGAGCCUCCAGCACAUCUCAACCUUAGGGAGGGAGAUAGCCACACUGAGAAGGGACAACAAGAGACUGUAUGAGGAGGUCAAGAACCUGCGUACAGCUCUGAGGAAUCAGAAUGGGCGCUUGGCUGAGACAGCAUCCCCAGAAGUAAAGCGGUCACCAACACCAGGCUCUCCACUGUCUCUGCUGCUUAGUGCUGCCCAAAUGUCUACCGCUUCACCAACAGGGGGCACCGUCCAAAAGAGUGAGGCAGGGCACAGCGGCCUCUCCAUGACUGAGGACAGCAAGUCUGUGGAUGGAAUGAGCCAGCCACAGAGUUUUGAGCUGAGUCAGUACAACACCCCUCCUCUCUCCCAGCCGUCACCUCUCACCGAGGCCUGGAGGACGGUUCAGAACAUCGGCCGGAAACCCCCAGCUCCACAGAGAAGAGCCAGAAGCACGGAUGCAUCAGAAAGUUUGUACACAGCCUCAAUGCUCUUGCUGAAGAACAACCCUUUUAACUCCACACCCACCACACCAGUGGAAAAAUGGGGAUCCUCAAAGGUCCACGCCCCGAUUCCCUACCGACCACAACCCAUCAAAACCCACAAGUUCCCCCAACCCUGGCAGCUGCCGGACAACCCCGACUGGGUGACCAUGUCCGUCAUGGCUGAGGGAGGCACGGUGAUCCACCACAACCCCAAAAUGCUGCAGUUGCCGACCAUGAUCCACAGCACGUCCCACCAAAGCACCCAGGAGAGGGUCCUCAGUGCACAGAGAUUCUGGGCUAACCUCAACCCUGCAAUGAAAGGCAACGAAGAUGCCCCCAGGAGCCUGUCGGAACACGACGAGGGUGUCACAAAUAUGGAAGAGACAGCUAGGUCUAGGCCAGCCUCAGCUUCAGAGACCAGCCAGAGCUGGAAGACUGCUGAUGCAGUGGGUGUGCCAGGUGAACCAGGUGAGGGUGUGGAUGGUGUGCCAGAUGACAUCGUGGACAACGAAACCCCUUUAGACCUGUCAGAGUCUGGCCGUGCCAAAGCAGUCAAGAGUCCAUGGGAGGCUCCGGUCAAGGCGACUCCCCCAGCAGACUCCCCCAGCUCCUCGUCCUCCUCAUCAUCACCACCUACACCGUCGUCAUCCUCGUUGGAGUCGCCUGGCUCUCAGAGUGAGCAGAGACUGGGAGAGUUUAAUUUGCAGAAUUGUGUCUCACCUAUACAGGACGCUACUGAUGAGGAUGUCCUGGCCGCAGAGAAUAGCAAGACAGACGAAAUUGUGGACCUUUGUACGGGCAAAAAGAAACCGAAAGUGUCUGCAUUCACACUAUCUCUCCAGCCAGUGGUGGUCUUGGAGAACAUGAAAAGAAGUCUCUGUGCACAGAACCCCAGUGACGGCUGGGUGACGAGGCAGGAGAAGGAGAAAGAGGAGUGGGAAGAUGAGGUGGAAGAGGAAGAACAAAGCAACCAGAGGAAACGACUGAGACUAGAGCAAGAAUCUCUGCAGCCACCUGGACUUAUUAUGGAGAAGCGGGCAAGGAUGGGCGGACGGCCUAAGGAGAAAAGACCAGAGGAGCAGGGAUGACCACUCACUACCAGCAUGCAGUGGCUGGAUGAGGACAGAAGCACUAGCCAGGCUUCCAUUACAGCUUUGAGCAAAACUUGGGUUUUUAUCUUGUUAUGAUAGUCAUUCCAGAUAAAUGGAACAACAGAUCUACUAAAAUCUGAUACGUUUCGGCAGUUUGACUUCAAUUGCAGCCACCAAAAGCCAUGGUAGUUAGACAUUGAGGGUGUACAGAAUGUGAAAGGAGGAAAAUAAAUCAAUUAUACUUUGUAGAGAGACAAUGGAUGACAAUUUUGGGUGGAGAUUGUCCACAAUUAUAAUUAUAAAUUCUGCAUUUAUGCAUUUUGUUAUUGCUUGGAGUAGGCAUUUGAUGCCUCACCUCAAGCCAAUAUAAUUCUGUUAGGUCUGAAAAACCACAUCAGACAAGUGUAUAACUUUUUUUGCGAUAUUUGUGAGUUAAAAAAAAAAAUAAAUAAAUAUAUA